AAUCCCGUAUAAGCUCGUACGAAGACUAGAGUGCAGUGAUUACAAAAAGUUUUUAAUUUUUGAUCAUGGCUUUGACUAUUACAAAUGAUGCAACCAACGGUACUGUCUCAGACUCGGAAGGAAAUUURGAAUGGAGCAUAAAGUUAGGGAUCAAURUUCUCAUCGCCUUCGUGUCAAUCACUGGCAAUGUACUUGUUCUUCUUCUAUUAAAUCGCACCAAGRCUAAAGGCAAAACUCCUUUUGAUUACUUUGUGGGAAAUUUAAGUAUUGCUGACUUGAUAUUUGAGAUAGGGUUUCUAACUGCUGCUUAUGUUAAGAGUGAAUCGUUACUGUUUUGCAAGACAAUUUAUCCAAUACAGUCAAUUUGUCUUGUUGUAAGUAUGUACACCGUGGUAGCCAUUGCCAUCUUUAGAUAUAAAACUACAACAAAACCACUUCACUUUCGGCCAGGAAAAAACACGAUUUAUGGAACCAUUGUAACGAUUUGGCUAUUAUCCCAUGUUAUAUUUAUUCCACUGUAUCUGGUGAUAAAGCACGGGCGAAAAGGCGAAAAUUGUCGAGAGGACUGGCCCUCACAGAUGCAAAUUAUGAACAAAGUCUACACACUGGUUCUUGUCGCCACACAGUAUCUAUUUCCAUUGUCUGUGAUCAGUUUUUGCUACCUUAAGAUUGUCUUUCAUCUCAGAAAACAUACUUUUCCGAAUGACUGCAGCGCCAACCAACUACAGUUCGUCAGAAGACGCAAGCAGACAAUAGAAGUCAUUCGUAUAACUGUAAUAAUUCUCGUGUUGUACACCAUUACGACUUUACCACUACAAAUMGCUUGGCUGUGUGACACUGUAUUCCAAGAAAAAUCUCUUGGUCAAGUUGUAUUUUUAUUUUCAGACCAACUCGUGCAGCUUCACUGCUGUUGUAACCCAGUUGUUUACGGUGUUGUUUCUAAAAAGUUCCGUUCAAAGAUAACAAAUUACAUCUGUGAGAUUUCAUGUUGCUGGAGGAGAAAGAGAUAUACUCCAUGAAGAAAACCAAGCGUCAAUUUGAUAGAGAAAGAGUAGAGAUGCCAGAAUUCACAAUUUUAUCGA